UGUUUAAUAAAUAUAACAUUGUAAAGGUUUAAUGCCACAUAAAUCAUUACAAAAAUCAUUAAAUAGGAUCUUUUUAUAAUUUUUGACUAACCAUAUAUGCAUUGUAUACGUGAAAACGGAAUUAUUUCAUCGGUAUUAUUUUACUUUGAAAAUCGUAACCGGAAACAGAUUUUAACUUGAUUGAAAACAUUCGUCGCUUUUCCAACUUUUGGGAAGAAAGAUAGUUUUGAAAAGGAAUGUUAAAAUGUGUGUCAAUAGCUGACAUUUUUAUUGUUCGUCUAAAACCAUGAAACGACGAAUGUGUGCUUUUCAAACAUCGGCAAUGCUGCAAGUUGUUAGGAUGUAGCCCAAAAACCAAUGUUCCAGGUUUCUUUUGAUGGCGGGAAAAGUCACAGCAUGCUGCGUUAUUUUAAUGUCCUGUUUUUGUCCCAACACCCCGUCGACAGGCCGGCGUCCCGGCGGCGUUCGAGACCAGGCACCGGGCGUGGUUUGGGACUUCAGCGCUGGUCCUCGACGUCCACGUAACGGCACAUGUCAGUUUACGCGCUGGUCUGCCAUCGCUGUGUCCAACAACAAGAGAUGUCACACCAACUCCAGCUUCCUUGGAACCAAACACAGAGGAGAGAAGUCUGCAGUGCAUCAGCUCCAUAGACACCGUACAAUGGAAUUUUGCAAAGCAUAUUCUUCUGAAAGGCCUGUAUCUUCCGCUGCUCCAUCCGGCCCUUGGACACACUCUUUUUACACCUCCUUUGGCCACGUCAGAACCAUUUUACACCUUAGAGAGCGGAGAAGCUUAUUGACCAGGUUCAAUCUCGGCCACACGCUUCCUCAGAUUCAAAGUUUGACACCUCCAUCCACCUUUCGGGUCAAGUUUGACAAAUGUGCACAGGUCCUGGCUGACGCUGACCCUCCACAGUUGACGUUCUCCCUUCUGAUCCACAAUCUGAGUCCAGUGGGUGGCACCAACCUGUCUCAGGUGGCCAUUCGGGACUCCAUAUUUGGAAUAGUGCCUCUCAGAACAGACGGCAGAGUUGUGGAAAGAGGAUACCAAAUGUUUGCCAUUGAUUCUCUUGCUGCGGGAUCCCAAAUUAUUGUCAAUUAUACUGCUGAAAUAAGGAGCCAUGAAAGUGAAGUUCUGAACCUUCCUGCUUUCCUCACCUUCUCUAACUUGUCUCAGAAUGACAUCCGCAUGUAUGGUCCAUUGUCUGCUCAUCUAACAUUGAGGGUCAAUUCCACCGAUAAGAGUCAUCCAAAUCAUGGCGUGCACUUUGCUGGAUAUGUUGCUGGGUUCCUUGUCACUUUAGUGAUACUGUUGCUUGGCUUUCUGGCCGUGAACCUGUUAUGUGCCAGAACCAGACUGAGCCUUCUCCAGCAAAAGAAAAAGCAAGGCUAUCCAGAUCCCGAGUAUGCAGACUGCAACAUGAAUGAGGCUGCUAAAGACGAGGCAACUUUUGAAGACAAAACUGUAGAUAUUAUGGUGCUGGAAGAUCCACAGAACAUGAACCAGGCUUUGGAAAACAUCGAAAUGUCCACCCUGCUGCACGCAACCAACAACUUGGAGGCCACGAGGAUUCAAAUCUACAAGGACGUGCUGUCUAUCCUGUUGGGGGGCCUGCGGGCCCACGGCCUGGUCAGCGUCCAGGCCCAGCAGAGACUUCUCAGUGUGCUGCACGGGCAGCUGCUCGGCAUGGAGGGUCGGCUGAAGGAGGAGCGAGGGGCCCGCAUGGCUGUGCUUGCGGGCCAGUGUAACCUGGAGACCAGGGAGGAGAUGGAAGCGGAGCAUCGCAGGCAAGCUGCAGAGAAAGCCCAGGCUGAGCUGCUGUGUCAUCAUGCUGAUCAGCAGGAGCUCCUCCAGUGUAGUGUCCUGCUGGAGAAACUGCACAAGCUGAACCAGGCUCACCUGCAGCGCAUCCUGUUAGUUCGCCACGAAGAAGCCUCCGCCAAGGUCCAGAGGCAGAUCAUCGAAUGGCGUCGCGUGGAGCUUCAUAAGAUCUUCUCUGAGGAGCUGGAGGAGGCCACGAAGAUGGGCGAGUUGGAAACGGACACAGUCAAAAGUCUUCAGCGCAGUUACUUCCAGUGUCAGGACCAGCUGGAGGAGAUCCUGGAUGUGGUCGUGGCCAACUGGCGCUACAUGCUAGCUGAGCGCUACGCCCAGAGGAAGUUCCUUUUACACAGCCUGCACAGCCUCAACAGUCUUAUUUCUGACACCUUCUCCAGCACCUCCUACAAUCUGGACAGCUUGUUUGCACAUGUCAGAAGAGGGAGCGCGGUGUCUGGUGAACAACUGGCUCAGCUCCAGGACAAGGCCCAGAAGGAUCUGGUGAUUGUGAGGCAGAGACUGGAUGAGGCUCUGGGCCAAGAGAGGAGAGCGAUGCGAUGUGGAUUAAUCAAGAAGAGGAGGGAGCUCAUCUCUGACAUGCUUCGGGUCCACAUGCAGCAACAGAAGGACUUGUCUGGUCUGUCAAAGAAUCAGGAUGGAAGCAUAGAAGUAGUCCAACACCUGCACUGUUGGCAAAACCUUCUCACAACUCAUAGCUUGGAACUUGCUGAGCUCAUCAAUAACCUCGACGAGGAGGCUGCGGCGGACAUCCGCAAGGUGACCAUGCGUGUGAUCCAGAGCUCCAUGGCAGAGGUCAAAGCCAUUCUGCCCUCUGCGACGCAGACCCUGCUCCCACUCCUGCCUCCGGGCAUGCAGCGUUCCCUGCUGCAGGCAGAACCUGAGGCGGGCCAAGGAGGGAGCGCACUCCUGCAGGGCCAAGAGAGACUGCAUCAGGAAGGCAAGGCGGCCUUACGCACCCUCAGCUCUACCAGAGACAGCCUUCAGAAAGCCAUGGAGAAGGAACUGCAGGAGCAGAGGGAGCUCAGGGUUCACUGCAGAUCUUUCUUCGGACGUCUGUGCUCAUCCCAGUUGACUCUCUCGGAUAACGAGCAGCUAAAAAUGACACUGGAGUUGCAGAAACGUCUUUCUGUGAUGGACCGCUGCCUUAUGCUGCCUCACGCCGUGUCCAGAACCAAAGUCCACACCGCCGUCUCAGCUUGGAGAAAAGACGGCGAGCAGCAGAUGAUGAACCCACAUUUUAAAGGGAAAGCCAAAGAGGACACACCAGACCUAUCUCACUUCCACAAAAAGCUCAAAGAGCAGAUGCAACUGUUUGAGAAGGCGAGUGAGAUAGAGGACAUUGUCAAAGACAAGGUCGUGGAGGAGAUCAGGAAGGAGAGAGAAGUUUACUUGCGUACUCAAGCCGACGCUCUGGCAACACAGAUGGCUGCAAUUCACUGCCAGAAAGCUGAGGGGAGGACCAGAGUCUUCGAGACGUCCAGAGCACUGCUCACCCUGCAAAGUCUUCUCAUUCAUCACCUGCGAGAGACAAAGAGUAUGGAGAGACAAGAAAUGGUCCAAAGUAUACAGAGGCACUGCCUGGUAGGAUGGUUUGGUGGCUUGGAGGAAGCAGAGCGCCAGCUGCAGGAGGGGAGCCUGAACCUGGACAGGCUGGAAUGGGACGGCAGGUCAACUCCCACACACACGGAGGACGUGGAUGCAGAGGAGAAGAUCAUGCUUGGGCUGCAGCACGAUAGCAGAAUGUCGCACAUCCUCCAGGAGGCUCUCAAUAAGUGGGAUGAAGUCAUGGCAAAAUUGGCAGAGAGGUUGCAGGAGAUGGUCACCAGCAAUCAGGUUAUGGAAGAUUUCAGAGAACAAAUACAGCUGAAGAAACUUCAUUCCAGCUGUGAUCAGGACCUGCUGUUCGCAGCAGACCUGCUCAAACAGAGCGGGACAUCCGUGGAGGUUCUCCUUGAGCUUCUGCGUCUGCUCAUGCCCACACUGCCUGAGAGUGAAUUUGUGUCCAUCACUGAUGCCCUCUGCCCCAAGCAGCACCUUGGUUCAUCAUCCACAGAGCAGGAGCCUUCUGGGUCCAGUUUUCUUCUUCCUGUCAAACUGAGGGAGGAUCUGGUGCACAGAAGUAUGCUAAACAGCUGUGUGGAAGGCUCCAGAUCCCACAGACUGCAGGGAAAGAGGCAAGGCCUGAUGGAAAGACUUCUUCCUUCUUCUUGCCCGCCAAGUCCAGUGAAAGGGGAGCUGGAGAACUUUGCUAAAGGACAGCAGCGCCGGUUUAAAUCAGCCGUGACUGAAAACCCAGGUCAGCACAGCGAGGCUCCCAAAGCAGAGAAGGAAACCUUGCACAACUCAGCAGAAGAAGAAGAAGAGGACGUGAUGGUGACUUCGGCCAACUUGGAAGUGGUCUGCCAGGCCACCGGCGAAAGGCUGUUUGUCUUCCGUGAGCCGCCUCAAUCCCUUCUUGGUGUCACGUCCCCCAAGAGAAAGAAGAAAAGGAACUUCCUCAAUUUGAAGAAGGGCUCAGUGUCGCCAACACAUCAAACUUAACGACUAUUUCCUCAUUAGGGUCUCGCAGGUGAGCUGGCGUUUAUAUCAACACUUUGGCUGAGAAAGAGAUUCAAACAUUUAAAGACCUACUAAAACCCACUACUACCGACCACGCAGUCUGAUAGUUUAUAUAUCAAUCAUGAAAUAUUAACAUUGCAACACAUGCCAAUACGGCCUUUUUAGUUUACUAAUUUGCAAUUUUAAAUUUCCCGGCGAAGUAUCCUGUUGAAAACGUCACGGAAUGAUGACGCGUAUGAUGACACGUGCGCGUGACGUCACCGGUGGUAGCGCACAUGUCCUCCCCGCACCGGUAACGGCUAAAAGUAGUCUGUUUUUAUCACAUAAUUCCACAGUAUUCUGGACAUCUGUGUUGCUGAUUAUUUUGCAAUUUGUUCAAUUAAUAAUGGAGACGUCGAAGAAGAAAGCUGUUGGUGGGAAGCGGUGUAUUGCGGCCGCUUUUAGCAACACAAACACAGCCGGUGUUUCAUUGUUUACAUUCCCGAAAGAUGAUGGUGAAGCUUUACUAUGGAACAGAGAUGUCAAGCGAACACGGUUGGAUUGGACCACACACACAAAGUACAGUGUAUUAACCGGCGAUCAUUUUGAAAGAUCAUGUUUCGAAGAGGGUCCCUUGCGAAAGGCAGUUCCCAGCUAUAAGUCAUCUGUUUUCAUCGCAUAAUUCCACAGUAUUCUGGACAUCUGUGUUGCUGAAUCUUUUGCAAUUUGUUCAAUUAAUAAUGGAGACGUCAAAGAAGAAAGCUGUCGGUGGGAAGCGGUGUAUUGCAGCCAGCUGUAGCAACACAAACAGCCGGUGUUUCUUUGUUUGUUGUGAAGCUUUAUUGUGGAACAGAGCGGUCAAGCGAACAUGGUUCUCUACCACAUGUCCACCGGCAGGUUUCGGUGAGAAGAUUGUGGUAAUAAGUCGGCUCUUACCGUAAACAUGAGCGGAGUGAAGUGAAGUGAAUUAUAUUUAUAUAGCGCUUUUCUCAAGUGACUCAAAGCGCUUUACAUAGUGACACCCAAUUAUGUUAGUCUGUUUUUAUCGCAUAAUUCCACAGUAUUCUGGACGUCUGUGUUGCUGAAUCUUUUGCAAUUUGUUCAAUUAAUAAUGGAGACGUCAAAGAAGAAAGGUGUUGGUGGAAAGCAGUGUAUUGCAGCCGGCUGUAGCAACACAAACAGACGGUGUUUCUUUGUUUGUUGUGAAGCUUUAAUAUGGAACAGAGCAGUCAAGCGAACAUGGUUCUCUAGUACAUGUCCACCGGCAGGUUUCGGUGAGAAGAUUGUGGUAAUAAGUCGGCUCUUACCGUAAACAUGAGCGGAGUGAAGUGAAUUUAAUUAUAUUUAUAUAGCGCUUUUCUCAAGUGUCUCAAAGCGCUUUACACAGUGACACCCAAUUAUGUUAGUCUGUUUUUAUCGCAUAAUUCCACAGUAUUCUGGACAUCUGUGUUGCUGAAUCUUUUGCAAUUUGUUCAAUUAAUAAUGGAGACGUCAAAGAAGAAAGAUGUCGGUGGAAAGCAGUAUAUUGCAGCCGGCUGGAGCAACACAAACAGCCGGUGUUUCUUUGUUUGUUGUGAAGCUUUAAUAUGGAACAGAGCGGUCAAGCGAACAUAGUUCUCUACCACAUGUCCACCGGCAGGUUUCGGUGAGAAGAUUGUGGUAAUAAAUCGGCUCUUACCGUAAACAUGAAGUGAAGUGAAUUAUAUUUAUAUAGCGCUUUACAUAGUGACACCCAAUAUCUAAGUUACAUUUAAAGCAGUGUGGGUGGCACUGGGAGCAUUUUGGUAAAGUGUCUCGCCCAAGGACACAACGGCAGUGACUAGGAUGGGACAAGCGGGGAUCGAACCUGCAACCCUCAAGUUGCUGGUACGGCCACUCUACCAACCGAUCUAUGGAGCUUGUGUCGUUCCUCCUGCAGCUGUCAAAGAGGCUGCUGCGACUUUCUUGGCUCCUCCAUGGCUUCCCUCAGAGACAAUGGCGGUCACCACACCCCUCCGACUUUCAGGUAUGACUAUAUAUUCUCACUAAAACACUAGUAACACAAUAAGCAGAUAAGGGAUAUUCCAGAAUUAUCCUAGUAAAUGUGUUUAAUAACACCUGAAUCGCUCCUGCCCUCGUCUUUUUUUUCUUUUUCUUCUAGGCCUUCACUCUCACUUUCCUCAUCAACGAAUCUUUCAUCCUCGCGCAAAUUAUUGGGGAAAUUGUCGCUUUCUCGGUCCGUAUCGCUCUAGCUGCUGGUGGCCAUGAUUGUAAACAAUGUUCAGAUGUGAGGAGCUCCACAACCCGUGACGUCACGCGCACAUCGUCUGCUACUUCCGGUACAGGCAAGGCUUUUUUAUUAGCAACCAAAAGUUGCGAACUUUAUCGUGGAUGUUCUCUACUAAAUCCUUUCAGCAAAAAUAUGGCGAAAUGAUGAAGUAUGACACAUAGAAUGGACCUGCUAUCACCGUUUAAAUAAGAACAUCUCAUUUCAGUAGGCCUUGAAUCAUUUCUAAAAAUACCAUGAAGGCACAGACUUGGCCAAAGUGAGUGGGAUUCAUAUCCAUGUUUACAUUUAUGGAUUUGAAAGACUAUUUCAAACAUUUUCAUUACAUGCUUAAAAAUUAAAACAGUAUUAAAAACGUUUUCAAUAGCUUUUAGUAGCAAAUGUGUAUAAUACUGAGUCUUCAGAACUGCCAAACUUUUCAGUUUUUUUUUGACUGCGAGUCAAGUCCAUAUGUUUACAUAUAUUUGAAAAACUAUUUUAAAUGUUUUCAUUACAUACACAUUUUUUUUACAAAUAAUAAAAAUGUUUAAAAAGAUGCAAACAAAUGUUUUAAUUGCUUUUGUUUUAUUAUGUACAAAAAGUCUUUAUUUGCAAUAUUGAGUCUUUACGUACCUCUUGUACUCAUGCAGUUUAUGUAGCACUCAAGUUUUUAUUUGAAAAAAAGAGGGUGUGGAGAAGGGUGUGUCAGUUGUGUCAGUCGAUGGGGGCGGGUGUGUCACUCGAUGGCGGAGGGUGUGGUGUGUCAGUCGAUGGCGGAGGGUGUGUCAGUCGAUGGCGGAGGGUGUGUCAGUCGAUGGCGGAGGGUG